CGGUCGUUUGUAUGUCCUCAGUCAGGACCGUCAAUGGAUUUCAGAGAGAACUGAGCGGCGUGUGAAGAUAAACAUGGAGAAAAAUGUUGGGUCACUACAGGAGCAGGCCCUAAAAAGGAAAGAGAGACUAAAAGCACUAAGAGAUAAACAACUUCAUGGGCGAGAGGAAGAUGGGGAGCCAGAGAAGAAAAAAGCUUCACUAGAGGAGACUACUGAAGAGAAACACAGAGAGCUGAAGCUGAGGAAUUACACCCCAGAGGAUGAAGAGCUUAAGGAGAGGCAGGUGCCCAAAGCCAAACCCGCAUCUGUGGAGGAUAAAGUAAAAGACCAGUUAGAGGCAGCUAAUCCAGAGCCCAUCAUUGAAGAAGUGGAUUUGGCCAACCUCGCCCCAAGAAAACCAGACUGGGAUCUAAAGCGCGAUGUGGCCAAGAAACUGGAGAAGUUGGAGAGGAGAACACAGAGAGCAAUCGCUGAGAUCAUCAGGGAUCGUCUCCGAGGCAGUGAAGACGAGUUGGCCGGAGUGGUGGGAGCAGUAGGAGCGGAAGAGGGAGACUCAGACUGAAUCCAAGAUGUGACAGAUAAAAACAAGGAGACUACAGAGGGAUGGCCCUGGUUUACUGGGAUUGUACUGUGUUGUGCUCAAAGAGACAGCUACUUUCAUCGCUGCAGGGAGUAAUGUUUUCUGUCAGGUCUUUAUAUUCCCUUUGUGAGUCCUGCAUUGUAUCAUUGCAUUAUUACAUAUGAAUAUGUAGUAGUACAUUCUGUUUAUUGAGGUGCAUUGUUAAUGUAACCAUCAAUAUUGUGUUGUAAUUUUUUAUAUUUUCAAGUAAAACAAUGUGAAUUUUUCAAA